GGCGACAGAAUUCUCGAAGUCAAUGGCAUUAACGUCGAGGGCGCCACUCAUAAGCAGGUUGUGGAUCUAAUUAAGAGCGGAGGAGACAAACUCACACUAACCGUCAUUUCGGUGACUCCAAGAGAAGCUGAGAAGUUGGAGCCGAACGACGAGACGUCCACUUAUUCCUACUUGGAUUACAGCGAGAAGAGAUCGCUUCCCAUAUCUAUUCCCGACUAUAACUACAUCGAGAGGAAUGCCGACAAAUACGUUGUGUUCAACAUAUAUAUGGCGGGCCGUCAUCUAUGUUCCCGAAGAUAUAAAGAAUACGUUAAUCUCAAUACUAAUCUAAAGAAAGAGUUCCCGGACUUCCAGUUCCCAAAACUUCCGGGAAAGUGGCCCUUCUCUCUGUCUGACCAACAGCUGGAC